AUGUAUCGGAAGUUGUCUAAGUUAGAACACUCGGAAAUAAAACAACUUCUUACAGAAGCUAAUAUAGAUGUUGCAAAGCAUUACGCAACAAACAAAAAAGCACUCGCUGACAUCCUCAAUGACUACAAUGGUGCAAUAAGUUAUGAUAGAAUUCAUGAGUUCAUAAAGCCGCAACGCGGCGAGGACGAAGUCCAUGCAAGAGCAUUUCCUUUAAAUGACGUUGCUAUUGACUUAUAUCAUAGACGUUCAGUACCUCAUGAAGUAAGAAGAGAAAUGUUUGACAUAACAAAUGCAAACGUUGGUGAAACACGAAAGAGAGACGACACACUGAAACAACAGAGAAGAGAGAUGUUUAAAAGUGCUAUAGAACAAGUUCGCAAAGCUAAUAAUGUCAUUCGUUCCAUUGACGACAAACCAAAAGAAGAUGAGAGAUGGUUAAAGAAAGAUGAAGAGAAUAGGAAGAGAAAUGUGAAGUCAGGCAAUAGACUCAUUGACUUUAACAUCGAAGCUUUAGAUGAACCAAACAGAGACUACUUACACAAACAUUUCGGUAAGGUUUUCAUGAGACUCUUAGAGAAGAUUAAAAUAAACUCCCAACAAAGAUGGAUGGUAUGUUAUAAACUUGGUGGAAAGUAUGAAUGUUCUACGUUAAACCUCAAUAAUAUUGGAACAUUACUACAUCAGCUCUUGAAGGAGAACUUUAUAUCAGAGAUAGAAGCAAAUGCCGCAGGUAUUGUUGAAAUGCACUAUGACUUCUUCUUGACAAACAUAAAGAAUCUUACUGAAAUAAAGAUGUAUGAUUUAACAGAAUAUGAAGGCUUAACGAUGUCAGAUGUAAAGAAAGGCAAACCAAAAAAGAGACCAUAUAGAGAUGAAAGCACACUGACAGAAAGACAGAAAAGAUUAUUGAACAGACUUAAACAAACAGGAGAUAAACAAGAUAUAGAUGACUUCUGGAAUGAAAUCCUUGGUGAAAAGAAGUUUUAUAAGAAGAGAAGCGGUCAGUUCUGGAAGUAUCUUUGCACGUUACCUAUAAAUCUUGAACGCUACCAAAUCUUCAAUGAACUGAACAAAAGAACUGCAACACUUAUGACAGAGGACAAUUGUUUCGUUUAUGCUUGCAUUCAGGCUGGAGUAAAUGAAGAAACUAUUGACCACAUGAGAGAAGUCAUUCGUGUUAGAGACUUUCCUCAAAGUAAAGUACAAGAAAUUUCUGACGCAACAGGUAUAGCAUUUAAUGUUACCAUUGGUUACUUCAAUGACUCAAGACAUAAUGAAAUAAAGAGAUACAUACCAAAAGAAUGUGAAACUGUUCGAACUAUUGACUUACUUCUUGUUGAAGACCACUACAUGCUAAAUGAAAGACUUCCAAUGACAACAUAUUUCGUCAGAAAUUACAAAGAAAUUCUCAAAGCUUGUGGUGGAAUGAACAUUGAGAAACAGAUGAAGAUUUAUACAAAGAGAGAAGAUAAAUAUGUAGUUCGCAUGGAUAGAACAACACCGUUAUGGGAUGUUAUGAAAACAUUGUGGGAGUGCAAAUAUUUCGAACCUAUUUCUUAUGGAGAACUUUUCACAUAUACGACUGACUUAUAUAAACAGAACCUUGCACCAUUUAAAGAUUUGGCAUAUGCUCCAAAGUAUUGUGUACAACUGAAGAAGAAAGCAGAGUCAAAAGAAGUAAAUAAAGCUAAAUGUAAGUUCAUUCCUGAGCAUGUUUUCUUUGCUGACUUUGAGUGUAGCACAGACGGCUUUCAUAAAGCUUUUAACAUCUGUUACGACAGUGAAGAUGGUUCAGUGAGUGAAAGCAUUUGGGGUCAGAACUGUGCAACAG